CUGGGUUUUGAUCGACUAUGUUCUCUCAUCUCUGUCACAGUUGGCAGCCAGAAUUGCAGUUUCGAACCUUCAUAAGAAUACAAACAAGUCAUUCUCGGAGACGAUUCGGAUCAUGUAUAACUACUUCAACAACAAGUCUAGAAAGAAGGCUCCUCUUAUUGCAGAUGAUGUUUAUGAAAUAAUAAUGGAGAAUGCUGCCAAGCUGGACCAAGAGAUCAUAUAUGACAGGGAUUUUGACUAUGACUACUUUGGUUUCAAGACCCUUGAGAAAUCUUACCUCCUGAAAAUUGAUGGUAGAGUAGUGGAAAGGCCACAGCACAUGUUGAUGAGGGUUUCUGUUGGUAUUCACAAAACUGAUAUUGACUCUGUUGUCAGAACAUAUCAUUUGAUGUCCCAGCGUUGGUUUACUCAUGCUACUCCUACCCUUUUCAAUGCUGGAACUCCAAAGCCUCAAAUGAGUAGCUGCUUUCUGCUCUGCAUGAAGGAUGACAGCAUUGAGGGCAUAUAUGAUACUCUGAAGGACUGUGCUGUUAUUAGUAAAUCAGCUGGAGGGAUUGGAAUUUCAAUUCAUAACAUACGUGCCACUGGCAGUUACAUCUCUGGGAUAAAUGGGACUUCCAAUGGAAUUGUUCCAAUGCUCAGAGUUUUUAAUGAUACUGCUCGCUAUGUUGACGUAGGGGGAGGCAAGAGAAAGGGUGCUUUUGCCAUAUAUUUAGAGCCAUGGCAUGCUGAUAUCUUUGAGUUUCUAGAUCUAAGAAAAAACCAUGGAAAGGAAGAAUGUCGAGCACGAGAUUUAUUUUACGCACUUUGGGUACCAGAUCUCUUUAUGGAGCGGGUUCACAGUGAAGGAAUUUGGUCUCUGUUUUGUCCUACUGAGGUUCCUGGCCUGGCUGAUUGUUGGGGUGAAGACUUUGAAAGGUUGUAUAUCCAGUAUGAAAAGGAGGGCAAGGCAAGGAUGCUUGUUCCUGCAAGGAAACUUUGGUUUGAGAUUCUAAAUUCUCAGAUUGAAACAGGAACUCCUUAUAUGCUUUUCAAGGAUUCUUGCAAUAGAAAGAGCAACCAGCAGAAUUUAGGCACGAUCAAGUCCUCAAAUCUGUGCACUGAGGUUAUUGAAUUCACCAGUCCAACAGAAACUGCAGUGUGCAAUCUGGCAUCCAUUGCCCUGCCCAGAUUUGUCAGGGAAAACGGGGUUCCUUUGGAGUCACAUCCAUCUAAGCUGAUCGGCAGUAGAGGUUCAAAGAACAGAUAUUUUGAUUUUGAAAGAUUAGCUGAGGUAACUGCAACAGUUACUGCAAACCUUAACAAAAUUAUUGAUGUCAAUUACUAUCCAGUUGAAAGUGCAAGGAAGUCAAAUUUACGACAUAGACCAAUUGGUAUUGGUGUUCAGGGUCUUGCUGAUACCUUCAUCCUGCUCAGCAUGCCAUUUGAUUCUCUGGAGGCCAAACGGUUGAAUAAGGAUAUAUUCGAGACUAUCUACUUCCAUGCGCUGAGAAGUUCUUCUGAGUUGGCUGCAAGAAAUGGCCCUUAUGAAACAUAUCAUGGUAGUCCUGUGAGCAAGGGAAUUCUGCAGGUAGACAUGUGGGGUGUAAAACCAUCAGAUCGAUGGGAUUGGAAUGGUCUUAGGGAAAUGAUCUCUAAGAAUGGUGUGAGAAAUUCCCUUCUUCUUGCUCCUAUGCCCACAGCUUCGACCAGCCAGAUUCUGGGUAACAAUGAGUGUUUUGAGCCUUACACCUCUAAUAUCUACAGUCGUAGAGUUUUGAGUGGUGAAUUUGUUGUGGUGAACAAGCACCUGCUACAUGAUUUAACGGAGAUGGGUCUAUGGUCACCUGUUAUUAAGAUGAAGAUAAUUUAUGAAAAUGGCUCAGUUAAUAAAAUCCCAGAGAUUCCUGACGAGCUGAAAGCUAUCUACAAAACUGUAUGGGAAAUCAAACAAAAGACCUUGGUUGACAUGGCUGUUGAUCGAGGAUGCUACAUAGAUCAGAGUCAGAGUCUAAAUAUUCAGAUGGAUCAGCCUGAUCCUGGGAAAUUGACUUCCUUGCAUUUCUAUGCUUGGUCUAAGGGUCUGAAAACAGGGAUGUAUUAUCUGAGAACACGUGCUGCAGCUGACGCUAUCAAGUUCACCAUUGAUACCUCUUUGCUCAAAAAUGAAAAUUCUAUCCUGCUCGAGAAUGGUGUUGAUGUCAAACCGGCCAAGGAGCAAUGCUCAUUGCUUAACCGAGAGGAGUGCAUGGCUUGUGGAAGUUAAAGCCCCAUGUUGCAAAAUAUUUUGACUUGAAUCUUCACUGACAAACAGGAGAUGCUCUAUUGAUGAUUGGUGGAGAUGACUUGUGACAGCGGCGCCGCCGGAAGGUUUGAUGGUGAUGGAAUGGACAUGCGUGCCAAUAGUAAGCUUUAAAUCACCCAUGAGAUCUUCUGUAAAGCAUCCUCCCUGGAGCCGUUGUAGAGUCAAAAAAGCAAUGUAGAUCGUUCUGCUUUACAGAUUGUGCCAAGAUUCCUUUCUUAACAACACACUUCCAAAUUCUAAACAAGCAUCAUUUUUAUGAAAAGAUCUUAGGGGAGUUAGCAGUUUAAUAUAUUAAAUAAGUUGGA